CAACUCUCCAUCUCUGUUCACAGCUCUUUCUCUCUCCUUCCCUCUGUCUCUCCCUUUCUGCCUCUCUCUAUUUUCUUUCUCUAUUUCUCUGCAGCUUUGUUGGACUGUGACUCUCAUCAGCACUGAAUCUCCUGCAUCUCACUCCAAUAAGAGACAAGACUUGGGCUUUUGAAGCUGUGUUUUAUCAUCUCAGAGAGGAGAAUACAACCUAGCAGCCACCAUGGAGGCCAUCAAGAAGAAGAUGCAGAUGCUGAAACUGGACAAGGAGAACGCCAUCGACCGAGCAGAGCAAGCGGAGACGGACAAGAAGGCAGCAGAGGACAAAUGCAAACAGAUGGAGGAGGAGCUGCUGGACCUCCAGAAGAAGAUGAAGCAGACGGAGGACGAACUGGACAAAUUCUCUGAGGGCCUGAAAGAUGCUCAGGAAAAACUGGAACUGUCUGAGAAGAAAGCUGCAGACGCGGAGGGUGAUGUAGCAGCUCUGAACCGUAGGAUCCAGCUUGUGGAGGAGGAGUUGGACCGAGCCCAGGAGAGACUGGCCACAGCACUGCAGAAACUGGAGGAGGCUGAGAAGGCUGCAGAUGAGAGCGAGAGAGGGAUGAAAGUGAUUGAGAACCGAGCGAUGAAGGAUGAGGAGAAGAUGGAGAUUCAGGAGAUGCAGCUGAAGGAGGCCAAACACAUCGCAGAGGAGGCUGACCGUAAAUAUGAGGAGGUGGCUCGUAAGCUGGUGAUCCUGGAGGGAGAGCUGGAGAGAGCUGAGGAGAGGGCCGAGCUCUCAGAAUGUAAAGCCAGUGACCUUGAGGAGGAGCUGAAAAAUGUGACCAACAACCUGAAGUCUUUAGAAGCCCAGUCUGAGAAGUACUCAGAAAAAGAAGACAAGUACGAGGAGGAGAUCAAAGUUCUGACUGACAAACUGAAGGAGGCUGAAACCCGUGCAGAGUUUGCAGAGAGGACAGUGGCCAAACUGGAAAAGUCCAUCGACGACCUGGAAGAUGAAUUGUAUGCUCAGAAGCUGAAGUACAAGGCCAUUAGUGAGGAGCUGGACCAUGCCCUCAAUGACAUGACAUCUUUGUAGAUGCUCUGACCUCUGUUUCUCUCUGCCUCUCACUUCCCUUUUCCUGUCUUGCUCUGAAUGUUUGGACUCAACAUCUUCUCUCUGUGGAUUAUAUGUGCCUUCUGCCCAUCUUACUAUGCAAAAAAAAAAAUUAAAAAAUCUUUUUCUUUCCUA